AAGACUAGCUACGCCUGGAAACUCUCACACAGAGUCACAGGAGAAGCUCCCGCGUCUGCAAGGAACGGAUAAAGUCUCUCUCUUUCUCACUCUCUCUCAAUGAAGAAGAAGAUGCUGACGAGUCCCAGUAACGCACUUCACAGUAGUACUCCACAGUUCUGGCCAGUUCGCCGGAGCAGACUUUGCCGUUCCCGGAAUUUCCCUCGUUUUCACUCCGGCGAACGCAGCAGCGGCGGAGGAGGAAAAUUGUGCUCGCUCUCUCUUCUCUCCGGAAGUGGCGCCAGUAAAUUCAGUGUCAGAGCUCUAGUUAGGCCUGAUGAUACCGAUGACGCUGACUCCGUCGGCGAUGGGUCUCUGGCUUGUUCCUAACCACGUAUCUGUCAAAAUUCCAUUCGGAAAUAGAGAGAUUUUAGUUGAGACUGGUCUCAUGGGGAGACAAGCAAGUUCUGCAGUCACGGUGACAGAUGGAGAAACUAUUGUCUUCACAUCCGUUUGUCUAGCUGAUGUUCCGAGUGAGCCAUCAGAUUUUCUUCCCCUUUAUGUUCACUAUCAGGAGCGAUUCUCAGCUGUAGGUCGAACUAGUGGUGGAUUUUUUAAGCGAGAAGGGAGAACCAAAGAUCACGAGGUUACUUUUCUUUGCCUUCCUGCAGCCUCCUACAUCACCGGACAGGAAGAGCUAAAAGCAUGCUUAAAUGAUUGGAAAUCCAAUGGUUUAGUGGUGUCUGGUUUGGUUAGAGAUCAGAGGGAGAAGUUGAUUCAGGAAGUGUCUUCCACGUUCAGUGGCAAGCUCAACAUUCUUUCGCCAUUAGCUCAAGGAUCAGGGAAUAAUAUGGGUGGUUCUGUGAUGAAUGGUAAUACUCCUCCAUCACUAGACUCUAAUGAAUCUGUUUCACCUGUAACCUCUUCCCCGGUUAUAACUUCAACACCGUUGGAACAUACAGAGGCUGGAACUAAAGGAAAGACGGUCCCCAAGAAGACACUUCAGCCAAUGGAAAUGAAUCAACUCGAGAGAAGUGAAGAUAACAGUCGUAAGAGGAAAAGAGGAGAACUGGAGCAUAAUUCGGACCUCAACGAGACUGUGCUACCCUCUGAUUGGACUCCCGAUCCUGUGAAGAAUUUUGCUGCUGAUGAUGAUGAUGAGGAAACCAAAGCAAAGGAUGCAACAAUGGUUCUGCCUUUUGUGAAGAAGUCACCGGUUUGGAAGAUAUAUGAAUCAAUGGAGGUCUUCAAAAGAGUACCACAAAGUCCUCAUUUCAGCCCAUUGUUUGAAGCAAAAGAAGAUUUCCGUGAAGGUUUUGCUUUGGGUAUGAUGGUGACUUUUUCUGGGGUAUUAGAAAAAGUAGAAGAUCUGAAAACCGACGUUCCCAUACGCCAACUAAAUAGCCUUAAAGACUCAUUUACCGAGCUAGAGAAGCAUGGAUUCACGGUCACAGCGCCUUUAUCUCGGAUCGCCAAGCUGUUAGCUCUCAAAGAUAGACAACUAAAAAUAUUGGAGGAACUAAAAGUUUUCGACAAAGAGAUGAAAGAUGAAUCUAGCAAAAAGCAUAAAGCUGAGCAAGAGUUUGGUGAGAUGGAACGCAAGAUUCUUGAAGUGAAAAACAAGGUUCUGGAGCUGCAGAAGCAAGAAGCGGCUCUGGAAAAACAGAAGGAUGCAACCUAUGAAAAGAUAUGUAAAAUGGAGUCACGUGCAAGAGAUCUUGGUGUAGAGCUUGAAGAUGUGGAGUGAGUUGGAGACAAUUCUGUCAGCUCCCUGGUGAAAAAACAAAACAAAGAAGGAACAAAAGCGUAAAGGGUUUAUAGGAUCAAGAUCAGAGUCAAGGAGAGAAGCUGACGUGGCAAAGACUUGUGAGUGAUUAAGUCAAAGAGAGAAGCUGACGUGGCAAAGAAAAAUGAAGACUGAAUAAUUAAUUAAUUAAUAUCAGUGAGAGCAGAUAAAAACAAUUAAUUAAGAUGGGCUCGUUAAUUUAGGCCCAAUAGAUUUCUUUGUAACUUUCAUCGCGCCAAAAAAAUGAAGAAUUAUUCAUUAAUAUAAAGUAAUUAAUUAAGGAGUAUGAUAUGACGA